AGCAGUGUCUUAACCGAACUUCGUGGUAAGUCAUGAGAAAAUUCUGGAUUUAUCUCUUCAGGCUUAUCAAAGUAUGUAGCUCAUAGGAUCACUGUUCUAAAUACUUUAUGCUCCUCAUCUUAUUGCAGAGAGAGAGAAGGGCAGAAGGAGAGAAGGAAGAAAAGGGGAAGGAAUUAGAAACGAAGGGAGGCAGAGAUGACAGAAGAACUUUACAAGAUGCAGUAACUUUACAAUACUGCUCUUAAUUAUACAAGUAUCAUUCUAAAAGAGGAAAAUUAACAGAACCAGCACACCACUGAAGGCUUUGGAGGCAUCUCCAGACUUGAAUCUUCGAGGUACUUUCAAGAAAGAUUUCAGAUCAUUAAUCAGAAGCGCCUACGUGCAGGGGAAUCCAGUGGAGCAUAAAUCCUGCAGGCAGACGCUCAAUUUCAGCGAGAGAAUGUAUCAUCAAUAUAUCAUGGUGAUAAUUUUCCUGUUUCUCACGGGGUCAGCUGUGGUAUUACAAGCGAACUUAUGUUUGGAAAAAGAAAUUUUGCUUCUCCCACCUGUAAAUUUUACUAUUAUGGUAACUGGUUUAUCUAAAGUUCUUUUACGAUGGAAACCAAACCCUAAUCAGGAUCCAAGAAUAAAUUGUGUAAAAUAUAAUGUGAAAAUUAAUACUCCAAAUGAGGAUGAUUAUGAAACUAAAAAGACCCAAAGCACAAGUGUAAAUGUACUUCAUCAGGGAUUUUCGGCAAGUGUGCAGACAAUUCUUCACUGUGGUUCCCGUUUUUUCCAAAGUAAUUGGGUUUCAGCUGAGCUUCAAGCCCCUCCAGGAGCUCCUGGGACAUCAGCUGUGAAUCUGACUUGUGUCACUAAAAUCAUAAGGGAUGAGGUAUCUCUCCAUUGUACUUGGAUUGUUGGCAGGAAUGCCCCAAAGGAUACUCAGUACUUCUUCUUCUACAGGUUUGACAGAUACACUAAAGAAUGCCAAGAAUAUAGAAAAGAUUCAUGGAAUAGAAAUAUAGCAUGCUGGUUUCCAGAGACUGCCAUCGAUGGAAAAGGACGAGGAAAGCUGGCAGUACACAUAAAUGGCUCAAGCAAACAAAUGGUCAUCAAACCACUGGAUCAGCUGUUUGACCUUCAUGCUAUUGAUCAAGUUAAUCCUCCAAUGAAUGUCACCGCAAAAAUGGACGGAAAUCAUCUGUUUAUACAAUGGGAGAAACCAGUUUCUAACUUUCCUAGAAAAUGUUUUGAUUAUGAAGUGGACAUCUACAACAUAAGAAGGGAUUAUUCACAGACACAGAAAAUUCAAGGCAAUUCUUUUGACUUGAUAAUUGAUCCUACUUGUAAGUAUUCUAUAAAAGUAAGAGCUACAGUGCAUUUCGAUUGUAGAAAGAAUGGACUUUGGAGUGAAUGGAGUCAAUCUAUUUCUGUAGGAGAAAAUGAACCGACCCCUAUGACAGAAUGGCUUUUGUCGGUGCUCAUGGCCACAUUCUGCUUUCUUCUGUUGAGUCUCUUCUUUAUAUGUCGAAUCUGCCAUGUAUGGACCAAAUUGUUUCCUCCCAUUCCAAGACCAAACAGCAAAGUUAAGGAUCUCUUCAUAAGCAACAUUUAUGAGAAAAGCAGGUCUGGUGAAACAGAAAUUGAAGCCAUAAGUUAUGUGGAAUACCCUGGAUUGGAUAAUUUGGAUGAUUCUGUAUUCUGAUAUUCGCUGAUGUAAACUAAGAAAUGCUCUGAGCCAUACCAGGAGAGGCAAAGAUUAAUGGGCUGAUCCUCUGGGAUUUAGCCUUCCUUUGGGCAUCUUGGUCUUCAGAUUUCAAGUGGCAUACCACAAUCCCAUCCGCCUAACUCCUUUUUUCUUUUUGAUUGAGACUCUUUAGUCUAUCUCUCUGUGGCCAUAGUACAGAGACUGAAGAUGCCCAGGGCAAGUCAGCUGCUUUCAAUAUUUUGAUCUACAGAUUUCUGAUGCAAAUGGAACUUUUUGUUGUUGUGGUGCCAAAGCAGACAUUCUCUUUGGCAGGACUCAGCCAAAGGCCCCAGGAAGAAACUGUCUGCUGGUCUCGCUUCUGUAAAAAUGGCCUGCUUACUAUGAAAAAGUAGUUUUUUAUGUCUCAGAGUCAUGGGGACUGUAUUCCUUUAUGUGUACACAUAUUUGUUCUAUAAGCCUAAAAUGGUCAGGGUAGCAGGAUGAAACCAAGAUUAAGGAAUAAAGAUGGAGACUUACCUGAGCUCUCCAAAUGUCCCUCCAAACAAUAUUAAAUGAAUUCUGAGUUAAUUAAUUAAUUCAGAGUUAAUAAAAAGAUAAAGGGAAACAAUUAUGUGGCCCAAGAUGACUUGGAAAAUUGUCAGGAACUGACCUAGAAAAUAGAUUGAGUAGAGAUAAAUAAUUAUUGAUCUAAAAACUAUUUGGAAUAAAAAACCUAGACAUUUGAAGAAAUUAUUAAAGAAAAGUGCCACAAUAUCUUAGAAUCACAAAGUAAAAUAGAAAUUGUGAGAAUUCACUGAUUAUCUUCUGAAAGAUAAGGCUGAAUGAAAACUCCCAGGAAUAUUGUAGCCCUAUUUCAGAGCUACUGGGUCAAAAAGAAAUAUGACAAGCAAUUAAAGAAGACAUUCAAAUAUCAUGGAGUCACAGUCAGAAUAACACAAAAUUUAGCAGCUUUUACAGGAAGAAUCAAAAGAUUUGGAAUAUGAUAUUCUGGAGGAAAAAGGAGUUAAGAUUAUAACAGAGAAUCCCCUACCUGGCCAAACUAAGUAUAGUCCUUCAGGGGGAAAAGUGGACAUUUAAUGAAAUAGAAGACUUUCAAGCAUUCCUGAUUAAAAGACCAUAAUGAAUAGAACAUUUUACUUUCAAAUAAAAGACUGAAGAGAAGCAUAAAAGGAUAAAUAGAAAAGGAAAUCAUAAGGGAAUUAAUAAGAUUAGGCUGUUUACAUUCCUAUAUGGAAAAGAUGAUAGUUGUAACUCCUAAAAACUUAAUCAUUAUUAAGGUAGUUAGAGUAUACAACAAGGGGAUGGGUAUGAGUUGAUUGUAAUGGUAUAUCCAAAAAAAAUUAAAGGAUGAGAAAGAGGGAGGCUCCUGGAGGAAGUGGAAGGGAGAAAUAGAAUGUUAUAGAUUAUCUCACAUAAAAGAGGCAAAAAUAAGAGGGAAAAAUCAGGAAGGUUGGACAGUGUUUGAAGCUCACUUUCAUUGGAAUUGCCUAAAAGAGGAAAUAACAUGCACACUCAAUUGGGCAUAGAACUCUAUCUUAUCCUACAGGCAAAGGAGAUAAAAGAAAAAAAAAUAUGGGAGAUUGAUUGAAGAGAAUGUGGAUUUAGGGAAGCAAGGUCAGAAGCAAAAUACUUUUGAAUACGGAAAGGAUGAAAGGAGAGAGAUGGUAAAUAGGAAAAAAAAAAUGGAUGGAGGGAAAUAUACAGUAAUCCUAACUGUGAAUGUGAAUAGGAUGAACUCAUUCAUAAAGCAGAAGCAAAGAGCAGAGUGGAUUAAAUGAUUUAGACAUAAAGAGUGAUACCAUCAGCAAACUAGGGGAAAAUGAAAUAGUUUAGCUUUCAGAUUACAAAUAAGGGAAAAAACAAUGACCAAACUAGUGAUAGAAAGCAUUAUAUGAUAUAAAAUGGAUAAUUUUGGUUACAUUAAAUUAAAAGAUUUUGCACAGACAAAACCAAGUGAAACAAGAUUGGAAGGAAAGAGGAAGUGGGGGUAGGGAGGAUUACAGUAAGUUUCUCUGAAAAAGGCAUCAUUUUUCAAAUAUAUAAUGAAUGGAGGCAAUUUUAUAAGAAAACAAAUGAUUUCCCAAUUGCUAAAUAAUCAAAGGAUAUGAAAAGGCAGUUUUCAGAAGAAAACAUCAAAAUUAUCUACAGUUACAUAAAAAUGUCCUGAAUUACUAUUGAUUAGAGAAAUCCAAAUUAAAACAACUCAGAAUUCUGUCACUAUAAAGUGACAGAAAAUGAAAAUUACAAAUGUUGGAGGGAAUGUGAGAAAUUUGGGACAUUAAUGCUUUGUUGGUAAAGUUGUAAACUGACUAACUACUCUGGAAAGCAAUUUAAUACUAUGCCCAAAGGGCUACAAAAUUGCACAUACCCUUUGAGUCAACAAUACCACUACUACUGAAUCUGUAUUCUAAAGAGAUUUUUUUUUUUUUUAAAAGGACAAGAACCUAGUGGUACAAAAAAAAAUUUUUUUUUUUUUUUUAGCAAUUCUUUUUGCAAUGGUAAUAAACUAGAAAUUGAGGAUCUUACCAUUUGUUGGGAAAUGGUUAAACAAGUUUUGGUAUAUGAUUAUGAUGAAAUGUAAUAGUGCUAUAAGAAAUGGUGAGCAGUAUGCUUUCAGAAAAACCUGGAAAGACUUACAUGGAUCAAUGCAAAGUGAAGUGAGAAAAACCAGAACAUCGUCUAUAAUAAAAUCAAAGUUGUAUGAUAUAAAUAACUUAGCUAUUCUCAACAAUGUAAUGAUCAAAGAAUUCUAAAGGACUUAAUGAUGAAAAAUGCUAUUUAUUCACUUCCAGAAAAAAAAAUGAUGAAGUUUGAAUGUAGAUUGAAACAUAUUUUUAAAAAAACUUUAUUUGUUUUUUGGUCUGUUUUCUUUCAUAAUGUGACUGAUAUGGAAGUAUAUUUGAUAUCACUGUAUAUGUAUUGAAUUGAUUACCUUCCAGGGGGAGGGAAAGAAGGGACACAGAGAAUUUGGAAGUCAAAGUUUUUUAAAUGUAAAAAUUAUUUUUACAUGUAUUAGGAAAAAUUUAAAUAUUAAAAAAAAGAAUAGUUUUUUGGAUAGCAAGAAUGAAGGCAUUAUUUGAAGUUAAUGUAUUAUAUAUGUAUCUACAUAUACAUAUAUAUGUAUCUGCAUAUGAAGUUGUGUAUGUUUUGAGAAAAUCACCAUUUAUCAAAAAGGAGAAAAGAGUUUUCUUUGAAGAAUGUAUUAUGUUAAUAAAGCUACCAAUAAUGAUUUAAACA